UGGUGGUCAGUCAGAAGAGACACACGGAGAGACAAACCUACAGGAUAAAACCUGCCUGAAAGAAGACAGAAAGACAGAAACCAGGAUACUGGUUAUACUGGGUUACUGGGAAAACUGGGAAUACCAGGAAUACCACCACUUUAACCAGCAGCUUCACUCUGAGACAAAAUGGCGUCAAAGUUAGAGGAGGAUCUGAACUGCCCAAUCUGCCUGAACAUCUUGAAAGACCCGGUCAUUCUGUCCUGCAGACACAGAUUCUGUAGAGCGUGUGUGGAGAACUGCUGGAAGGAGAAGGAGGACAAGGAGUGUCCUGUUUGUAAGAGGAGCCACUCAAAAAGAUGGUUACCUCAAGACGUGUCAUUGAAGAUCCACUGUGAGAAAAGACAGAGAUUUUCAGAGGGUCUCUGCAGUCUGCAUCGUGAAAAACUCAAACUCUUCUGUCUGGACCAUCAGGAGCCGGUGUGUGUCGUCUGCAGAGAUUCAGAAAAACACUCCAACCACAGAUUCAGACCCAUCGAUGAAGCUGCAGAAGAACACAAGAAGAAACUUGAGGAAACUCUGCUGCUCUUAAAGGAGAAGUUAACAGUUUGUGAAAAAGUUCAAGUGGAGUUUGAUCAAACUCUGGAUCACAUGGAGGUCCAGGCCCGACACACAGAGAGGCAGAUUAAGGAGCAGUUCAAGAAGCUUCACCAGUUUCUAGCAGAGGAAGAGGAGGCCAGGCUGCGUGCAUUGAGGGAGGAAGAGGAGCAGAAGAGACAGAGGAUGAAGGAGCAGAUGGAGGCUCUGAGAGCACAGAUAGCAGGUCUUUCACACACAGUCAGAGCCACAGAGGACCAGCUGACGGCCCAAGACGUCUCCUUCCUGAAAAACUACAAAGCUGCAGUGGAAAGAGUCCAGCAGCGCCCCUUGCUGGAGGAUCCACAGCUGCCCUCAGGAGCUCUGAUAGACCAGGCCAAACACCUGGGCAACCUGGGCUUCAACAUCUGGACCAAGAUGAAGGACCUGGUCUCCUACACGCCUGUUAUUCUGGACCCAAACACUGCUCAUCCAAGGGUCAUCCUGUCUGAUGAUCUGACCGCUGUGAGAGGAGGAAAGAGACAGCAGCUUCCAGAUAAUCCAGAGAGGUUUGAUCAUUACUGGUCUGUCCUGGGCUCUGAGGGCUUUGACUCAGGGACUCACAGCUGGGACGUCCAGGUUGGAGACAGUACUAGCUGGUUCCUGGGAGUGUUAGCCGAGUCUGGACAGAGGAAGGGAGAGAAACUUUCUGGAUUAUGGUCAAUUGGGUUAUAUGAUGGUAAAUACCUAGCAGACUCAUCAUUACAUGGAUUCACUGCUCUCUCAGUGAAGAAUCCUCCAAAGAGGAUCAGAGUGUAUCUGGACUGUAACAUAGGAGAGCUUUGGUUCUCUGACCCUGAUACUAACAAACACAUCUAUACCUUUGACCUAACUUUGACUGAGAGGGUGGUUCCACUCAUUAGAACUGUGAAAGAUUAUUCACUGAAGAUUUCACCAAAGAAGAUCUCUAUGACUGUGGAAAAACAAUAGAUAGAUAGAUAGAUAGAUAGAUAGAUAGAUAGAUAGAUAGAUAGAUAGAUAGAUAGAUAGAUAGAUAGAUAGUUAGAUAGAUAGAUAGAUAGAUAGAUAGA